CUCCCCUCCUUUUCGGCUCUGAGAUGAGGAGACAAGUUCGCCCGCGGCACUCUCACACUCCUCUCCGCAGUCGCUGUCUUCCGUUUCGGACCAACGGAGGGGCACUUCGGAACAGGAGAAGCUUAUUUUCUCGGUUAAGGAAUAACAACUGAACCUAGUAACUUUCGGGGCUGCUUUUGUGCACGUUCAGGAUGAACAAAGCCGAGAAGGAAAACGAGCCGAGUGAAUUCAGCAGCCACGAAGAAGAGGUCCGAACGCUCUUUGUCAGCGGGCUGCCGCUGGACAUCAAGCCACGGGAGCUCUAUCUUCUCUUCAGACCAUUUAAGGGCUAUGAAGGUUCCUUGAUAAAGCUGACCUCCAAACAGUGGUUCGAGUUUGCUUCGCCAAUGGACAAAAUCUCCAGACCGGUGGGCUUUGUCAGCUUUGACAGUCGAUCGGAGGCGGAGGCUGCUAAGAAUGCCUUGAACGGGGUCCGGUUUGAUCCUGAGAUCCCGCAGACCCUCCGGCUGGAGUUUGCUAAGGCCAACACCAAGAUGGCUAAGAACAAACUGGUUGGCACCCCCAACCCCCCUUCAUCCCAGCAGAGCCCCGGCCCACAGUUCAUUAGCAGAGACCCGUAUGAGCUCACAGUACCCGCUCUCUAUCCCGGCAGCCCAGACGUGUGGGCGUCGUACCCGCUGUACCCGGCGGAGCUGUCGCCGGCCCUCGCACCGGCUUUUACUUACCCCUCCUCGCUCCACGCUCAGAUCCGCUGGCUCCCACCUGCAGAUGGAACUCCUCAGGGAUGGAAGUCGAGGCAGUUCUGUUGAAGUAUGUGUUCCUGAUGUGUGAUGGUGGCCUCGGCCGACUGUGACGGGCGUCGCUGACUGCCUCUCCGCUCUGGUUUGAGGAGGAGCGACUCUGGCUGCGGUAGCAGCGAACCGUCGGCCUCAGGGCACACAAAACACCCGCCUCCAUCACACAUCGAGAACCCUCCCCUGCCCGCAUUUAAAAAAUGAAAAAAAAAAAAAAUUACAGUUACAGACUCAAGAUAUCCCGGCGGCGCUCUGGCUUCACCUCGGCCAAAGGUACCCCCAGCAGCCCUCGCCCCGCCCCACUUUGUUUACAAGUAUGCAAGGAGAUGUGCGUUCAUAUGCACGGGCGUGUGGCUAAAGCGCUGCCGGAUGCUGAAGAUGAAGACGUUAUUAUAUGACUAGUAGUCCAUAUAUCAUUCGUAUUCAUGUUAGUAGGAUUAUUAAGAGCAUGACAUUGACCCUCCAAAAAAAAAAAAUCGAUCAAAAAAAAAAAAUUGUUGUACUUGUUUUUUAAGAAAGAGGUAUUUUUGUAACCAUUUUCGAAGGGUUCAUGUUGGCCUAGAGCGGAAAUAUGACAGCAAAUGAAGAAAUUACAAGUAGUGGUUUUCUGAUUAAAGUCGUGCUGUUGUUUGGGGAAAAAGAAGUAUACCAUUGCGAGAAAAAGUUCAAGGCGAUGGUUGUAACAUUUUGAGAUUUUUUUUUUUUUUACCUUAAGCAGAAUCUAACAAUCAAUCUCGACCCCCUGUAAAUUGUGCAAACGGAAAAUUAGUUGCCAUGACUACCCACCACCGUUGCUUCUUCUUUGUCGCCAUGUUCUUCUUUUAAAGAAGACAAAGAAGUGGUUUUCAUGGCAAAUAACCUUUGGUUCCCUGAGUACUGAUACCUUGAAAUGAAGCCAGUAUUGGCACCAAUAACGAUACAAGUUCCUAAAAAUAAAGGUUUGUUAAACAAAAGUAAUGUUACAAAAUUUGAUUACAGGGGAAAUGUUUUUUCACAAGAAACAUUCUUAGUGUUAAAAUAAAAAGAAAGCUGCUGUGACAGUUGCAAAAAAUAUUUCUGAGAGUUGUCCCACAAAGUAAAUUUUCUUUUCUUGGAACUUUACGACCAAUACACUUGUUUUGAUUAUUUUCUCUGCUUAUAUAAGGCUGAGUUUCCCCCCCACAAUAUUACGACUUCUUGUGACAAUCGAACAAUUUUUUUUUUUUUUUGUGUGUUUUGCAUGGCAGUCCAACUUAAAUGCUAACCGGUUACCUCCAUCUAGUUCAACAUGAAACUUAUUUGUUUGACCUCUGGAGUUAAUGCCGUCGCUUUGUUUUUCGUUGCAAACCAACGUGAAGAGAGUGCGAUACCAAAGUUGUCCUGUUGGCGCGCUCUUGUUGGCGUGGGUGUUUCGUUUUCCGGACCGCAAUACACGGCUAUAAUUAGCUACAGACCAAAGGCAUUUCAUUUUGUACACUGGAGUUGAGCGAGCUCGAACCGUGCAACUUUUCUGUCUUUGACGCCUUUCAAGUCCUCAAUCGGAUUUUUUUUUCUUCUUUCGCUAAAGGCGCUUACUUUCGUCUAUUUUUAGACAGCCAAACUAGUUUUCUUUACUGAAAUGUAGAUAUUAAAAAAAGGGAGCCUGCUGUAUUAACGUCCUUCAUCGCAAAAAUCUUUUCUCGCGACAGUUUGACGUCCAAAUUUUCCAUGUUGUUUUCACAAAAAAAUCUUCCCUGUUACGUACAAUCAUAGUUAAGAAGGUGUAUUUGGACCACACUGGAUGGAAAGAAAAUGACUCGAGAAAAAAGUCGGAAUGUUACCCGAAAUAAGUUGCAACAUCACCCCCAAAAAAUUCUAGGAAAAAAAAUAAAACCAAACUCAUACAAGAAGUAAAUCGUAUUCUUCUGAGGAAAAAAGAAAAAAGUCAUAUUUUGUGAAAAGUUGUUCUAUUGUGAGAAAAAGGCUGUUGUACAUUUGAUUUUCCUCUUGUCAUGUUUUUGUCAAAAACCUUUUUUUUUAAAGAAAUUGUGAGAUUUUUUUCCCCCCGCAGGAUUACAAUUUAAGCUUUACAUUUUUCCUGAAAAUAUGACUUUAUUCUUUGAAUGCACAAUUUAUUUUGUCUUUAUUUCUCUGUAAAUCGAGCAAUUUAUUUCGUAAAUAUUCUGGUAACUUUAUUCACAUUUUGUGUGGCUCGAAUACACUUUUGCGUCAGGCUAGCUGAUGUGUAACAAUUCUUAAUAUGCACAAUCGUAUCCGAUCCGAGAAUUUAUUAUUUUUUGCUUUUAAUGCAAAUUUUUUUCGCAUUGCUUUUUUUCUUUCCAAGUAUUUAUAAAGAGUGUGUGUGCGUGUUUUAUGGGUGUUGUUUUCCCAAUUAUAUAAUUCAAUGUAAGUAUUAUUGUAUAUUCCUUUUUAUGUGUGCGUGUUGUAUCUGACGGGUUGGAACAUACUGUACUGUAUGUAUCAUAUACUGUAUAAAUACUACAUAAUUCACUGUGAAAUCCUGACAAAGAAAAAAAAACCUAACAAAAAGAAAACAAAUGCCAUUGGGGCGUUUUUCUAAUAUGGUACAGUACAUGCUUGUUUGUGUAUACGCUGUUGCUAGCUGCAUAUUAGGCUAGCAUUGUUUGUUUCAAAACAAAACAAAAAAAUGUUUUUAUGAAAAUGUUCAAACAAGACAUUUCGGCCAUUUGCCAUUAAAGAUCGACAUGAUCCCAA